CUCAUAUAAACAGAGCUGUCCUCACAGACAAAUCUGUCCAGCUGCACCAGGAUCGCCUUCUGAACAGCAGCCUUCAUCAGAGCCAAGGCAGAAUCAAGAAGUGACUUCUUUACCCACAACAUAAGUGUGUUUAUCACAGACACACAGCUGGUUAUAUUUGAGUUCCCUAUCCGCUAGAUGGCUCCCUACAAGAUGCUCCACCCCCUGCUCUUCCUGUCUGCUCUCAUUACACUUUCAGAGCUUGCAGCACUUUUCUCUGACGAUGCUCAAGUUAAGUACCCUUUUGACACACCCACUGCCACACUGAGACCAACGAGGUAUGAGAUACCACUAGGGGGCAACGUGACACUGAGCUGCUUUGUGGACGGCUCUGACAACUGGACCAUUUUGUGGUACAGAGCUGCCACAUAUGGCUCUAAAGACGAGCCUAUGACAGAAUAUGAAGGGAAGAAAGCUAUUAAUGUGUCACAAGGAGGUAUCUACCACUGCAGAGGAAGAAGCGAUUCAGGUAGCAUCACACACCAAAGUAAUGCUGCCAUCAUUGAAGACACUCUUCCUAUUACGGCCAUUUUGACCCUGAAGCCCAACUGGACUAAGAUAUACAUGGGUGAAACAUUCACUGUCAGAUGUGACAUCCAGGGAGGUAAAGGAACUUACUGGAGCUAUGAUUGGAGACCAAAAAGGUUUACCACAUAUUAUACAACCAAUGAAAGAACAUUCUACAAUGUUGGUUGGGAUGACAAUGGAGAUUAUCAAUGCAGAGGCAAAACGGAUCUUUCCUUCACACAGUGGAGUAAUGUCAUUCCAGUAACUGUAUCAUUUAAACUGCAUCCUGUCCUCACUCUGUCUCCCUCAUGGCUCAGUCCUGGAGCCUCAGUAACUCUGAACUGUGAGGUUGAAUAUCCUUCUGAAGGAUGGAGCUUCUCCUGGUAUAAAGCUGUUCCUUAUUAUAAAAUAACAGAGGAGCCCUACACGUAUGAGCUGCUACCUGAUGGCAGCAAGACUGCUCAGAGUUUGUACAUCAUUACUGGGCAGACAAGCACAGCAGCAUAUGUGUGCAGAGCGGAAAGAGGAAGCAACUACUACUACACCUACUACAGCGAUCCAAAGUUUGUCUGGUCUGCUGAUGCUUCAUCAGCAGCGUCUCUCACAGUCGGCCCUGUAGUGCAAAAUUUUGGCUCUGACUUUGUCAAACUGACUUGUAAGGGAAACUCUUCUUCAUGGAGAGUGAGGAAGUUCCCAGAGAAUGGCCGGCCAUAUUGUAGCAACUUUUGGUUGUCAGGAGAAUCUGUAUGCACAAUCGACACAACAUAUUCAGAUGACGGAGUGUACUGGUGUGAGUCUAUGUUAAAAGAGUUCAGCAAUGCAGUCAACAUCACUUUACAGGACUUUUAUUCUGGUCCUCUCAUGGUGGUCCCUGUUGAUCCUGUGAAUGAGGGAACUUUUGUUAGUCUUAGUUGCAACUUGAGAAGAAAAAAAAUCUUUCCCAAUGUGGCUUUUUAUCACAAUGACAAACUUGUCCAAAAUGAUUCCCGAGAGGAGCUGAACUUCUUGGCAGUGUCAAAGUCUGAUGAAGGUUUCUACAAGUGUCAGUACUCAGGAAAAGAGUCACCAUCGCGUUACAUGACGGUUAAAUCUACUGUACCACCUGAAAUCUUCAGCCAGAAUGAAAGUAGUGAAACCAGCCCCCUUCAUCCUGGUAGUGCCGCUGUCUAUGAAUCAGCAAACAAAAAUGGAAGACACUGGAAAUGGUCAGUGAGGAGAGCCGUAGCUGCGAAGCAAAAAAUAAUCCUUUUGUGAACCCACUGUUGCUCCUCUGCUACACAAAUAUCAGUGACGCUUCAGAUUUUCCACAGUUAGUUUGUUUGAAGAUAGCACAUUAAAUACAUACUCAUACUCAUACUCUAUACACUAUUAUCUACAAAUAUGGCACAAAAAAGGAAUUCCAGCUCUAGACUUGCAGAUCAUGUCUUUAUUGGGUCCGUCGGUCAAAGACUAAUUCUGUACAUCUAUACACAACCAAGCCCAACCGUGACCCAACUUGAAGGUCAAUAUGAUGUUCAACAUUUGGAUUUUAACUGAGUAAUCUUUUGGAUGUUAUGGAUGUCUAUUACAGGUGCAGGGAAUUUACAUGAUUAAUAAAUGUAUUUUUAUUAAUUUACAAAUAUAAACAUUAAUGUGGUGUUAUCAACAUGAUGCAUAUGAAUGUGGGUUAUGUAUAAACAAACAUGAUUAAUUACGUGUUAGCCUAUAUAUUUAAUAAGUACACGUGGGUAAUUGUUUUGGUUAUUUAACAUUUUCUUGCUUUUCUUUGACUGGUUUG